AUGACCAAAAUCGAUGACUGGGGAUCCUUGGAGGCCGAGGGAAAAAUAUUAAUAAUGAUGAAGCCUGAACACGACGCUACCUUCUCACGCAUGAACAAAAUCGAUGGCUGGGGAUCUUUGGAGGCCGAGGGAAAAAUAUUAAUAAUGAUGAAGCCUGAACACGACGCUACCUUCUUACGCAUGAACAAAGUCGAUGGCUGGGGAUCUUUGGAGGCCGAGGGAAAAAUAUUCAUAAUGACGAAGCCUCAACACGACGCUACCUUCUCAAUCGCUGAACAAAAUCGAUGUCUGGGGAUCUUUGGAGGCCGAGGGAAAAAUAUUAAUAAUGAUGAAGCCUCAACACGACGCUACCUUCUCAAUCGCAUGACCAAAAUCGAUGGACUGGGGAUCUUUGGAGGCCGAGGGAAAAAUAUUCAUAAUGAUGAAGCCUCAACACGACGCUACCUUCUCACGCAUGAACAAAAUCGAUGGCUGGGGAUCUUUGGAGGCCGAGGGAAAAAUAUUCAUAAUGAUGAAGCCUCAACACGACGCUACCUUCUCACGCAUGAACAAAAUCGAUGGCUGGGGAUCUUUGGAGGCCGAGGGAAAAAUAUUAAUAAUGAUGAAGCCUCAACACGAGGCUACCUUCUCAACGCAUGA